AUGUCACCUGUUAGUUUGAUUCGCAAUAAUAAUGGAAGUAAAAUAUUAAGAUUUAUGGGUAUAACUGAUGAGAAUAAUCAAAAUGUUACACUUGUCUCACUUGUUCAACGACAAGUACCUGAAGCUUGUGUGACCGUAUGGAAUGAUGAACGACAAGAAGUGUGGUCUUAUAUGAAAGAACAAAGUUCAGACGGUGAUGAAAAUCCUUCAGCACACAAUGCUAAUCUAGUUUUUAAAGGUAUAAUCAGUUUUGCAGCAAAUUCUAUACUACUUUCGAUGGGUUUAGGUAAUAAAACUCAAGCUGAUCUGUAUAUGAAACAAGCUAUAAGUUUUGCUUAUAAUUGGACAAUAUUAGGCUGGAAUGGUCUUGAUCAUUUUCGUCUUCCCAGAUCGGAAAAUCUGACGUAA